AUGCGAGCGACGCAGAUUGAGAAAUCUGGCGAAAGCUCGGUGGCAUUGCGAACGUUGUGGGCGUCGGUCACAAUCCUCGCCAAAAGAACGUUGUUUGUCCUUAGAGAAACUCUGAGCACAAGAACUGGACCCGGAGCCACAAAGACGCCACCCUCCACCGAGAGGGAGGCUCAAAUGCAGGCUCUUUGGGCUGAAGCCAUUGGCGUGCCACUCCAAGAAAUUGGUACCAACGACAACUUCUUCCGCUUGGGUGGUAAUUCUCUCCAGGCUAUCACAUUGGUGGCAAAGGGCCGCGAAAUCGGUCUUGACAUCAACAUCAUGAAUGUCUUUUCCAGCUCGACAUUGGCCGAUCUUGCCUGUCUUGCGAAAGAUAUUUGCGAAGAUACCGUCGUGGACCCAAAGCCCAUGGAAUUAAUUCCCAACGGUAGCUCGGCAGAGGAUAUCAUUACCGAAGUUGCUUCCUUGUGUCAACUGGAUCAGGAAGAAAUCGAGGAUGUCAUUGUUUGCACUCCGAUGCAAGAAGGAUUGAUGACCAUCGCAGCCGGCACCGAUUUAUAUGUUGCCCGCCAUGUCAUUGCCUUGGAGGCAUCUGCGAAAGUCGAGAAACUCCUGUCCGCCUUGAACACAUUAUUCCAAAUCGCUCCUAUCUUCAGAACUCGCGUGGUGCAGUCUGAGUCGACUGGACGUCUGCUUCAAGUAGUGUGCAGGGGCCGCCCGCAAUGGCAGCGCGCCUCCAACCUGGAGGACUACCUCGAGCUUGAUCACCAAAAGCUGAUGAACUUCGGCGAUGAGUUGAUGCGAUUCGCGAUUAUUCAAAAUCCCGUCACUCGACAGCGACACUUGGUGUGGACGGCCCAUCACGUGCUCUACGAUGGUUGGUCUUUGUCGCUGGUCGCUCGUUUGCUCGUGCAGCAAGGCUCUUCUCUUCAAAUUCCUCCCAAGUUCACGCGUUUUGUGAAGUAUGUCAUUGAUACAGAUGAGUCGGGGGCGAAAGAAUUUUGGUCGGGAAGACUUUCUGAAUCUUCUCCCUCUGUCUUCCCCGCCAUCCCUGCUCCACGCUACCAGCCCAGAGCUGAUUCGGUCUACACCUCACUAAUCGAAUGUGGCUCUCCAAAGGACAAAAAAAUCACCACAGCUACUGUCAUUCAAGCAGCAUGGGGCUUGCUCAUGAACCAGUACGAAGGUACCGAUUCGAUCACAUUUGGACUCACGGUUGCGGGCCGAAAUGCCUCGCUCCCAGGUAUUGAGGACGUGCUUGGUCCGACCAUUGCAACUGUCCCGGCCCGUAUCCAGUUUGAUCGCAAACAAACAUUGCUCGAAUAUCUUCAGGCUGUGCAGACACAAACAACGGAAAUGACACCCUUCGAGCAAUUCGGAAUGCAGAACAUCAUGGCCAUUGACGCGGAGACCCGAUCUGCAUGUCAAUUCCAAAAUCUCCUCAUCAUUCAGCCCAAGGUGUGGAGCAACGACAUCAAGGGCGUAGGAUCACUCAUCGUGGAUCCGUCUCAAGUCGCCAAUGACAAGACCUUCCCACUGGUUCUUGAGUGCAUACUCGAAGGCUCCAGCAUUGAGCUUCGCGCCAGCUUUGACUCAACACUGGUCCAAGAGGCGCAAAUAACGCGUGUAGUCGCCCAGCUGGAACAGGUCGUUGACCAAAUGCUCUCGGUUGACCGGUCGACUCAGAUCGGGCAGAUCGAGACCAUCAGUGCAGCGGAUAAGGUCGACAUUGCUUGUUGGAAUACAGGCAUACCCGAUGCCAUCAAUGCAUGUGUCCACGACCUGAUCACGCGUAAGGCUCAUCAAAAUCUUCAAAAGGUUGCUGUCACUGGAUGGGAUGGAAGCUUUACAUACGCCGACCUCGACCGACUGUCUUCUGCGGUCGCCGCCCACCUGGUCAAGUCUGGGGUCAAACCAGAGACGCCUGUUCCAAUCUUGUUUGAGAAGUCCACCUGGACAGUGAUAGCAAUGUUGGGUGUACUCAAGGCAGGAGGAAUCUGCACCGCACUUAACCCACAACAUCCCCGAGAACGUCUCGAAGCAAUUAUCAAACAGCUUGGCGCCUCGAUUCUUCUUUCGUCUGAGAUGCAUCAGCGCCUUCUCAACGACAGCAUAAAAACCGUAACCAUCGGACCCGAAUCCACUUUUUGGAACACAGAAAAAUCUCAGGCUCUGCCAGUCUCAAUCAAGCCAGGAAAUGCCGCAUUCAUCGUCUUCACUUCUGGCUCGACGGGAGUCCCGAAAGGAAUCAUCCUAGAACACAAGACGUUUUGCACCAGCGCCCGGGCUCACGGUGCGGUAAUGCUACUUGGUCCCAGCACGCGUUCACUUCAAUUCGCUGCUUACACUUUCGACGUGAGCUUGGGUGAGAUUUUCAGCACUCUCAUUCACGGAGGCACUGUCUGUGUCCCCUCCGAUGAAGAGAGGAUGAGUGAUCUAGCGUCUGCGAUCACUCGCAUGGACGUCAACUGGGCGUAUUUGACUCCCUCUGUAGCAAGCCUGCUCAACCCCACAGAAGUUCCCUCUCUCCAAACUCUAUCAGUGGGUGGAGAGGCUGUCUCCCAGGGCGUGGUAUCUAAGUGGGCUGAUCAAGUUCACUUGAUCAAUAUUUACGGCCCUGCUGAAACAACCGUCUGGUCAACAGCUCUCUCUGGCCUUCAGUCUGAUUCGGCGCCCGAAAACCUUGGAUGGGGUGUGGGCUCACUCUCCUGGGUUGUUGAUGCGAAGGACCACAACCGUCUUGUCCCCAUUGGCGCGAUCGGAGAACUUCUUCUUGAAGGUCCGAUCCUUGCCCGAGGAUACUUGAAUGAAGACGAAAAGACAGCUGCGUCCUUCAUCUACGACCCGAGCUGGAGUGAGCGCUAUGGAACCCAACGUCGUCGGUUUUACAAGACAGGCGAUCUCGUUCGUUAUAACCAAGAUGGAACGGUUGCUUUUGCCGGCCGCCGUGACAACCAAGUCAAGCUGCACGGUCAACGUAUUGAGAUGGGUGAAGUGGAGCACCAUCUUUCUACAUCUUCUCACGUCCGGCAUGCAGUGGCUGUCGUUCCCGAUAGUGGUCCGUUCACGCAGCAGCUAGUGGCUGUACUGUCGAUGAAUGAAGAAAACCCGCAGAAUGUCAACGAGGAAAGCGAACAAUCCCUACAAUUGCUUCAGUCGCCAAGCAUUGUGGAAAUUUUACCUCACAUUCAAAACCAUGUCUCAGCAAACCUACCCUCCUACAUGGUCCCCACCGUUUGGGUCGCUGUUCAGAAUAUUCCUCUUCUGGUCUCUGGGAAGCUGAACCGUAAGCAAGUUGGCCAGUGGGUCUGUAGCCUGGAUCAAAUGAUGGAAGCAGCGAUUGAUCUUGCUUCGCAUGGUUCCGUUGAAAUCGAGCGCCCGCCCACUCCUGUCGAAGAGAAGCUGAGAGGCAUCUGGAGCCAAGUCUUGGGUAUCCCAAUUGAGCGAAUUGGCUUGACUCGUUCCUUCAUGAGUCUGCGGGGAGACUCCAUGGCUGCUAUGCAGGUGGUUGCACUCAGUCGACGAGAAGGCAUAGUCACGACAUUCGCCGAUGUCUUGCAUUGUUCGUCCAUUGAAACUCUAGCAACGCGAGCGAGUGGAAAUCAAAUCAAUCAGCACGUCUUCCGCGACGAAGCGAUUGAAAAGCCGUUCCAACUGUCCCCCAUUCAACAACUGUUCUUUGGUUUGGUUCCCCAAGGCGAAAAUCAUUUCAACCAGAGCGCCAUCUUCCGUCUGUCGAAGGAUAUCGGUUUGGACCAGAUGAGAAAAGCUUUGGAUACAAUCGUCCGUCAUCACUCGAUGCUCCGCGCUCGAUUCCAACAGGAAAAGAAUGGUCAAUGGCUGCAAAGGAUCACCGAAGACGUCGAAGGAUCUUAUCAGCUCAAUGAAUCAGUCGCAACCGAUCUGCAGCUUCCUUCGCUCGUCGGCUCUGCUCAAACCGCAUUGAACAUCGAGACUGGUCCUCUAAUCAGAGCUGAACUCGUUGAAGUCCAAGGCAAAGGAAAGCACCUGUUAUUCGCGGCACACCACCUGAUCAUUGAUUUGGUUUCAUGGCGAGUGUUGAUCUCUGACAUUGAUGAAUUCCUCCAAAUGGGCUCUUUGAGUGCAGAGAAACCGCUGUCGUUCAACGUAUGGCAAGAACUGCAAACCGAGCAUGCCUCUCGUCACCUAGCUCCCAGCGCCAUUGGCAAUUUCGAUAUUCCGGUCGAGAGCUUUGGCUACUGGGGCCUGGAAAAUUCGGAAAACACGUACAAAGAUUCGAUCUCAACCGAGUUUACUUUGGAUGAAGCGACAACGACCUUGCUGCUUGGCCCCGCGAAUGCAGCGCUUCGGACACAGCCGCUGGACAUUCUUCUUGCGUCGUUGACCCACUCUUUCCGUGAAGUAUUUGCGGAGCGCCAGGCGCCCGCCAUAUUUACCGAGGGCCACGGUCGCGAACCAUGGAGCGAUGAGAUUGAUCUUUCUAGGACCAUUGGUUGGUUUACCACCAUCGUGCCUAUUGCGAUCCCUGUCGAUAACGACUCAUUGCUUGAAAUCGUACGAAAAACCAAAGACCUUCGCCACUCCAUCAAGUCAAAUGGCUGGCAAUAUUUUGCAUCCAGAUUCUUGCAUCCAGAUGGAAAGCAUGCAUUCGAUGGACAUGGGUCAAUGGAGAUUCUCUUCAACUAUGCCGGCGUCUAUCAUGACACCACAUCUUCAGAAACCGUGUUCCAUGAGCCGCGCUGGGUUGCCCCUUGUGUGUCCAACGGCAUUGGCUCUGUGAAUGAGAGCAUGCGCCGUAUGGCGUUGUUCGAUAUUACCGGUGUGGUUGAGCAAGGGGAAUUGAAGAUGACUCUGACCUACAACAAGAGAAUGCAACACCAAGAUCGUAUUUCAUCGUGGGUGGAAGCGUACAAAACUUCUCUGUCGGAUGCCGCUCACGUCUUGGCGGAGACGGAGCUGGAAAUCACGAUUUCCGAUUUGCCGUUGCUGGAUCUUGAUGCCUCAGGCCUCCAACAUUUGGUUCGAGAUCGCCUGCCACAGAUUGGGAUCAAUCAUCCUUCUGAAGUUGAAGAUGUUUAUCCUUGCUCGCCUAUGCAGACAAAUCUUCUCCUCGGGCAAGCUAAGUCCGCCGAGAAUUACCAAGUCCGCCUCAUGUGGGAAAUCGCUUCAACUACAGGUCAGAAGGUCAGCAUUGAACGCACAGUUAAGGCAUGGCAGCAAGUGGUUGAUCGCCAUUCUAUCUUGCGCACGAUUUUCAUCGACGCUGUUUCAGACAAUGGGCUCUUUGCUCAGGUGGUCUCCACGGCUUCCGAAGCUCGCGUCUCUAUCUUAGAGGCCAGUCAAUCUGCCUCGGAGACUUUGGAAUCACUCCCUGCCAUGGAAGUCAAUGAUUCUGAUCUCCUACACCGACUGUCUCUCUGUCCGUCUGAAGACGGUUCGCUCUUUUGCAAAUUGGAGAUCUCCCACGCAAUCAUCGAUGGGUCUUCGCUCCCGAUUCUUCAGCAAGAGCUCUUCCGCGCCUACCAUGGUCAACUUUCACAGCAGCCAGGACCUAAAUACAGCUCUUACGUCGAGUAUGUCACCAAACGCGAUUCUCAACCCAAUCUCGAUUACUGGUCGAAGUAUCUUGAAGGUGUGGAGCCGUGCAAUUUCCCUCCAUUGAACGAAAACUUUAAGCUUUCUCGCACAUUGAAAACGGUCCCGGUCAAAAUUGAGAACGUGUCUCGAGUUAUUUUGGCGUGUGAGACUCAAGGAUACACUGUAGCUAGUCUGGUGCAGACAGCCUGGGCUUUGGUCCUCCGGAGCUAUGCUGGCACAGACAAUGUUUGCUUCGGCUAUCUUACAUCUGGUCGUGACGCGCCCAUUCCUGGAAUCGAAGAGGCAAUCGGUAUCUUCAUCAACAUGCUCGUGCACCGCCUCGACUUCACGUCCACCAUGACUGUGUCAGAGGCUGUCGGCCAAAUGCAAAAUUCUUUCGGCCAGGGCCUGAAAAACCAGGGCCCAUCUUUGGCGGAUAUUCAGAAGGCUUUGAAUAUGUCAAACCAGAGUCUGUUCAACUCCAUCGUUUCUUGUCAGACCUAUCCCACUUCAGCUGAUCCUCUGAGGGGCGAGAUUUCCUUUAAGGAUUUCGCUGGGCACGAGUCAACGGAAUAUGACGUGUCAGUGAACGUGCGACAGUUCGGCCGUGAAGAUGUCCAGAUUUCGCUGAGUUACUGGGAGUCUCAUAUCAGCAACGAGAUGGCUGUUCAUGUGACCAGUGCUUUCACGCGCGCAUUGGAGGUCAUCGUCGAGAAUUCCGAUACUCCAAUUGCUGAGCUUGACCUAGUCAGCUCUUUCCAUCGCCAAAGUAUGCAGGAAUGGAACGUUGAAAACGCCGAGCCUGUCGAAGGAUGUCUACAUGAGAUCAUCACAGGGCAUGUCCUGACUCGUCCUCACGCUUCAGCAAUAGAGUUCUGGGAUGGGCAAUUCACGUACCAACAACUGGAUGAUCUUUCGACUCGCCUUGCCCAGCAUCUGAUUGGGCUUGGCGUGAUCCCCGAGUCACGAGUCCCCCUGUGCUUCGAAAAGUCACCAUGGAUUAUCAUCACUAUGCUCGCCGUUCUCAAAUCAGGUGCUGGGUUUGUUCCGCUUGAUCCAACUCACCCAGAAGAAAGGAGGAAGAUGAUCAUCGACGACCUCCAGACAAACUUCCUGAUUGCAUCUUCUGCUCAAAUGGACCUAUGUAAAGGCCUAGUAGACACAAUCGUUGAGGUAUCCCCCGAGCAUGUCGCCACCAUGGGCUCAUCUAUCAAACUUCCAACGGUGCAACCCAGGUCUCUUGCAUAUAUCAUCUUCACAUCUGGAACCACCGGCAGACCGAAGGGUGUCAUGAUUGAGCAUGAAGCGUUCUGUACCAGCAUCAUGAAGCACGGCAAAGGACUGGGGCUCGAUUCCAAUUCCCGAGUUCUUCAGUUUGUACCUUACAUUUAUGAUGCAAGCUUGACCGAAAUGAUCGGCACUCUCGCUCAUGGUGGUUGUGUUUGCAUGCCUACAGAAGAAGACCGCUUGUCAGAUAUUGAGGGUGUCAUCAACAGUAUGCGGAUCAACUGGACUCUUCUCACCCCAUCUGUCGCUCGGCAUAUUGACCCAGCCAAGGUUCCAACAUUGAAGCACAUCUUGGUUGGUGGUGAGCGUGUUGGCGAGGACAUUGUCUCCAUUUGGGGUCAUUCCUCUACCACUAUCGUGGUGGCGUAUGGGCCGACGGAGACUACCAUCAUCAGUCACGGAAGUUCCGCAAAGACACUGGACUUCAGAGCUGAUACCAUUGGUCGCAGCUAUGGCUGCAGCUCUUGGAUUGCCGACGCGAAGGAUCCACAGCGUCUGCUUCCUGUUGGGUGUGUCGGAGAAUUGCUGAUCGGAGGUCCGAUUUUGGCUCGAAUGUAUCUCAACGACCCCGAGAAGACUGGGGCAUCUUUCAUUGAGCGGCCGACUUGGGCCCAAAAUUUCGCGGGUGGACCGGAGCGCGUAUAUCGGUCUGGCGAUCUCAUGCAGUUCAACUCCGACGGAACGAUGCAUUAUGUGGGCCGGAAAGACCAACAGGUCAAGUUGCGUGGUCAAAGAUUUGAAUUGGCUGAAGUUGAGCACAAUCUUCAACAGCUCGCCCCCAGAGAGUGGAAAGUCGCCGCUCAAGUCAUCCAGCCCCAGCACCGAGGCGGUGAUGCUAUGCUUGCUGGGUUUGUCGCUGUCAACCACAAAACUUACCAACCCGACCUAGUUGUCGACCUCUCUGCUGUGGACAGUGUGUUUGAAUCUACUGCUAGCUAUGCAAAGGAGCUGGCUCAAUGGAUGCCAUCUUACAUGAUCCCCACAAUCUACAUCCCCCUGGAGCACAUGCCAUUAACAGCUGCUGGAAAGACCGACCGACGAAAGCUGCGGGAAUUUGGGAACCAUCUGACUGCGGAGGACCUGCUUUCUUGUUCAGUCCGUAAGCAGGACGCCCAAGAGGUAACCGACCCGAAUCAAAGGCAGCUCCAAGCCCUAUGGGCUUCAUCCUUGCGGCUAGAGGCUAGCCAUAUCAACCCCAACAGCCAUUUCUUUGAAUUGGGUGGCGAUUCUAUCGCUGCCAUUCGCAUGGUCUCCGCUGCCCGAGAGCAUGGAAUCAAACUCACAGUUCCUUCGGUCUUCGAAAAUCCCAUUCUUUCUGAAAUGGCACAGCUCAUUGGCCACACUACGGAGAUCGCUCAGAUUCAGCCUCUCGCACUGCUGCCAACAGUCGAACAACCAACCAUUUUGGAGCAAGCGCGAUCUGCAUGCAAGGCAACAGAUAUUCAGGAUAUUUACCCAUCGUCGCCCCUCCAGGAAGGAUUGAUGGCGCUAUCAGUCAAAAGGCAAGGCGCAUACAUCGUCCAAAUUCCUUUCCGUCUACCAUCCGACAUCAAUAUCGAUCAAUUCCAGCAAGCUUGGACACGUGUCGUCCAAGAAGUGCCAAUUCUUCGAACAAGACUUUUUGAAAGCCCGAAGUCUGGCUUGUUGCAAGCAGUCCUCCCGGACCAAACAAUCGACUGGAUCAUGUCUACUGAUUACGAGGCGUAUAUGGCGACUGACCGCAUGCUUCCAAUGGGCACGGGUGAGCGGCUUACCCGAUAUGCAUUUGUGGCCUCAGCAGAUGACUCCAAGUACUUCGUUUGGACCUUGCACCAUGCGAUUUAUGACGGAUGGAUGCUCCCUCUGAUUCUGGAAAUGGUCGAGUCUCAAUACUCCGGUCGAGGCACACCGUCCUUUACCCCAUUCAACUCUUUCAUUCAGUGGCUCCAAAAUGCCGACCACGACGAAGCCAACAGCUACUGGACAACCGAACUAUCCGGAACAAGCGGUGAUCAAUUCCCACGUUUGCCUUCUGAAAGUUACCACCCUUCGACAGAUUCAAGGCAAGAUCGCGAAUGCGAAGUUGCAUGGGGACGAACAAAAUUGGAUGAUCUCACCCAAUCAACCUUCAUCCGAGCCGCAUGGGGCUUGGUCGUUGGCCAAUAUUCGAACUCCGAUGACUUCGUGUAUGGUCUCACAGUGAACGGAAGAAAUACCCCGCUCACAGGCAUCGAGAGGGUUCUCGGUCCAACGCUGAACACAGUCCCCGUUCGUGUGCGACUCGCUGCUGGGAGCUCCAUCGAUCAGUAUCUGCAUGCUUGCCAGACUCAAGCGACGGCGAUGAUGAAUUAUGAGCAGAUGGGCUUACAAGAGAUUCGACACAUCAGUCCAGAGAUUAGCAGGGCAUCGGUCUUCCAAAACAUCUUGGUCAUUCAACCACAAUGGGAUGGUAGCCAGGAUUCCCUGCUUUUCUGCAACCCUGUACGAACCAAGUUGACUGAUGGGUUCUUCGAAAACCCUUUGAUUCUUGAAUGUGCCAUCACACCCAGUGGAAUCAGAAUCACUGCUCAUUUCGAUUCCAGGGUGAUUGAAGAUUCUCAAAUGGAACGUAUUCUGCGACAUUUCGAGUACACUCUUGGUCAACUCAUCUUGUGCGAUAGAACCAGAACGCUUGAAUCAGUCCUCUCGAUCAACCCGCAUGAUACCAGAGAGCUUGUAUCUUGGAACGGAGAUUGCCCAGAGGUGGUCAAUGCCUGUAUCCAUGACAUUAUCGCGGAGCAAGCCUUCGCUCAUCCUGAUAAACAAGCCGUCUGUGCAUGGGACGUUCAAUUCACAUAUGCUGAACUUCAUCGUGUAUCUAGCUUUGUGGCUCAAAGGUUGCGGGUUGCAUCUGUGGGGCCUGAUGUUUAUGUUCCGCUGUGCUUUGACAAAUCCGGGUGGACUAUCGUAGCAAUGCUUGCUGUCUUGAAGGCAGGAGGCGUUUGCAUUGCGCUGGAUCCGAACCACCCAAUCUCCCGCUUGCAGGGAUUGGUGCGUGACUGUGAAGCAACUGUCGCGGUCGCUGCACCACAGCAUGCUGCAUUGAUAUCGGGCAUUGUUGAGAAGGUUUUCUUGGUUGAUUCGACGGUUCUGGACGACAUGGCAACCUCAUCUCCAAUCGUUCCGCUUGAUUUGAAUCGCCGCGUCCAGCCGCACAACGCCGCUUUUGUCCUAUUUACAUCUGGAAGUACAGGCACGCCGAAGGGUAUAAUCAUUGAGCACCGAGCCAUGUGCUCAAGUGUCCGCUCCCACGCCCCAGCUCUCGGAAUUAGCCUCGAAUCACGGGUUUUCCAAUUCUCUGCUUACACCUAUGAUGUGAGCAACGGUGAAAUCUUCACCACCCUGAUGGUCGGUGGUACCAUCUGCGUUCCUUCGGCAGAGGACAGAUUCAACAAUCUUGCCAAAGCAAUCAACGAUUUGGAGGUUAAUUGGGCCUUCUUGACACCUACCGUGGCAGAGUUGCUACAGCCUCGCGAGGUUCCGAGCCUCAAGACUCUAGCUUUGGGUGGAGAGCACGCGACUUUCACCAACAUCUCCACCUGGCAUGACAAGCUUCGUUUGAUCAACACCUAUGGCCCCGCGGAGUGCUCAAUCUGGUGCUCUUGUAGGCCUGGUUUGGAGCAUGACGCAGACCCGGCAAACAUCGGGCGACGUGUCGGCGCCUCCCUUUGGAUCGCAAAUGUGACCGAUCAUAACAAGCUUGUGCCGCUCGGGUCAGUGGGCGAGCUUUUGGUGGAGGGGCCAACUUUGGCGCGAGGGUACUUGAAUGAUCCCAUCAAGACAGAGGCUAGCUUCAUUACCAACCCGACAUGGUCAACCUCACUGAGCAACCCGUCCGCUGCACGUCGAUUCUACAAGUCUGGUGAUCUGGUACGCCAGAACCCCGAUGGCACUAUCAGCUUCGCAGCCCGAAAAGACACCCAAGUCAAGCUCCGUGGUCAACGCUUAGAGCUGGGUGAAGUUGAACAUCAUGUCCAACGACUACUUCCAUCUCACUGGCAGUCGGCUGCUCAGCUCAUUCGUCCCAAAUACCGGGAAGGCGAAGGCGUGCUCGUUUGCUUUGUAUGCCCAGGCUCCAGCAGCACACACGGAAGUGUUGAACUCGAUCUGUCAGGAAUGGAAUCAAUUUCAAAGGUUUUACCUGAGCUGGAGGAAGGCCUCAUGGCACAACUCGCGCCUUACAUGCUGCCUUCUGCAUACCUUCCAGUGCGCGCAUUCCCGAUCACUUCCAAUGGAAAGACCGACCGCAAAACACUUUUGCAACUCGGCGAGCGACUGACUGCAGAGGAGCUGACAAGUUGCUUCAACGACGAUGUGCCGAAGCGGAGUCCAUCUACUCAGAUGGAAGCUACUCUGCAACGUCUUUGGGCGGACGUUCUUCACCUCGAUAUCAAGAUGAUUGGACUUGACGAUAAUUUCAUGCGCUUGGGUGGAGAUUCCGUGCGAGCAAUGCAGCUCGUAGCAAAGGCCCGCGAAAUCUCUCUCCACCUGACAGUUGCAGACAUUUUCAAAAGUCUUGUCCUUUGCAAGAUGGCACUGAUAAUUCAGCCGAUUGCAGAAAAUGGUGACGAGAUCCUAUCUUCCACUGAACCCUUUGCACUGCUUCCGACUUCGGUCCCAGUAGCGGAUCUGAAAACAACGGCUGCCUUAGCCUGCGAGCUUUCCGUCGACGAGGUUGAGGAUAUUUAUCCAUGUACCUCGCUACAAGAAGGCAUGAUGGCGGCUUCCCUGAUGCAGAGCGGCUCUUAUACGAUGCAAAGCGUCCAUCGUUUGUCUGCCACUCUUGACAUCACAAGAUUCCAAGAUGCAUGGGAAAAGGCCCGUCAAGAUAUCGCCAUACUGCGGACGCGUCUCAUCCAAGGAGAUACCGACGGUUUCCUUCAAGUAGUUACUGCGAGCCCUCUGGCCUGGUCUACAUCGCAACACCUCAAGUCUUAUAUCGAUGACGACCGGAAAGUUCCUCUUGGUCUGGGGGAUGAAUUGGCUCGAUACGCCAUCAUCGCUGAGGAGGAUGCGACAUAUCUCGUUUUCACUGCCCAUCACGCCAUCUAUGAUGGUUGGACGAUCAAACUGAUUUUCGACCAAGUCGAGAGUUACUAUAGUGGAGCAGUUCCAUCGCUCCUGAGGGGUUACAAUGAGUUCGUCUGGAACCUCAGCCUGAGUGCGGAAGAGGAUGCCCUCAACUUCUGGCGCUCUCAAUUCAAAUCAGACACUGCUCACUUUGUGUCUUUCCCCCCUCUGCCCCACGCCCAAUACAAGCCAGUUGCCGACACACAUUAUUCGCACUACGCACCUGUGAAAUUCAAUGCCGAGUCCACUGUCACUAGCUCUAAUAUCAUCCGUGCAGCUUGGGCAUUGACCCUGGCGCAAUAUUCGCGCUCCGAUGAUGUGGUUUUCGGCACAACGCUUAGUGGUCGAAACACUUCAAUGGAUGGCAUCUUGAUGGUCGCUGGCCCCACACUUAACACCGUGCCCAUUCCUGUCCAAACCGCGAUUCAUUCAUCUGUGGCCGACUACCUUGCCGCCAUGCAAACACAAGCUGUGACAAUGAUUCCCUUCGAGCAGACUGGUCUUCUCCAGAUCGAGCAGUAUCUAGAUCCUGCAGCUCGUUCGGCUUGUGAGGUGCGCAACAUCCUCGUUGUGCAAACUGAAUUGGGCCUUUCCACAAAUACCUGGUUUGGCAGUGAAGUUUCCCAAGACAGUCAAGGUUCCGGUUUCUUCAUACACCCACUGACGGUAGAGGCCACUAUAAUCGAAACUGGGGUCCAAAUCAACGCGUACUUUGACAGCCAUGUGCUCUCGAAAGAAGAGAUGGAGCACAUUUCUUACACGUUUGCUCAUUUCUUGAAGCAACUAGCGGAACAAAACGAUCAACGCGGUGAGGAUCCAAAGCCUUCCUCCAUGCAAGCCCUUGAUGCAGUCAGUCCAGAGGACCGAGCUCUGAUAGCGUGCUGGAAUGCUAAAUGUCCUCCUUCCUCCAACGACACGGUUGUUUCUCUGCUUCAAGCCUCGGUCAUGGCCGAUCCUCGUGCCCCAGCUGUCUCUGCAUGGGAUGUCAACUUUUCUUACGAAGAGCUGGACCGCCUCUCAACAUCCCUUGCAUGUCAUCUGAUCUCUCUUGGUGUGAAGUCAAACGAAGCAGUUCCUCUCUGCUUUGAGAAAUCAGGAUGGUACGUUGUAUCAGCAUUGGCAGUUCAGAAAGCCGGGGCGGCAUUCGUGUCUCUUGAUCCCAUGCAGACCCCAGAGCGACGCCGUGCAAUCGUUUCGGAGCUUGGUGCCAACAUCAUACUCACAACGCCAAAACUUGGCAGCUCCAUUGAUGGACUUGUUGAACAUAUUGUCUCGGUCUCGGCAUCAGACGUCGCCAGUAUGCCAACUCCCACUUCGCCGACCAUCCCGAACAUCGCCUCUGAUGACCUCGCCUACCUGAUCUUCACAUCCGGAAGUACUGGAAAGCCCAAAGGAGUAAUGAUUCCACAUCGUGCGAUCGCGUCAAGCAUUCUUGCGCACGGUAAAGCGCUUGGGGUGAACAGUCAAACCAGGGUACUCCAGCACAGCUCAUAUCUCUUUGAUGCUAGUGUGCUAGAGAUCCUCACAACCUUGUGCCAUGGAGGUUGUGUCUGCGUUCCUUCGGAUGAGCAAAAGUUGAACAAUUUGGAGGAAACCAUGAAUGCAAUGGGUGUGAACUGGGCGCUCUUUACGUCGACGUUUGCCCAGAUCAUUGACCCAAGCCAGCUGACAUCUCUGGGGACUGUUGUGUUCGGUGGUGAGCCUGUUGGUCAGCAUGUCGUUGAUGCAUGGAGCAAGUAUACCAACGUUGUUCUCGCGUAUGGUCCAUCUGAGACCUCCAUCGUCAGUCAUGUGUCUGCUUCGGUUGGCGGCUCUUCCCAAGUAAAGUCGGACCACAUUGGACGCAGCGCUGGAUGUCUUUCAUGGGUGGUUGAUGUCGACGACAGUGACAAGCUUGUGCCUCUUGGUUGCAUCGGCGAGCUUCUUAUUCAAGGGCCUAUCGUCGGACAGGGCUACUACAAGAGGGAUGAAAAAACCCGCGAGUCAUUUAUCAGCGCACCCGCUUGGGCAGCGAAUCGUCCGAACUCCGACUCCAACGGUUCCUUCUAUCUGACGGGUGAUUUGGUUCGGUAUAAUUUGGAUGGUACGCUCAGCAUCGUGAGCCGCAAAGACGGCCAAGUGAAACUGAGAGGGCAGCGUCUUGAGCUCGGAGAGGUGGAGUAUCAAGUUCGACGUCUGCUCCCUGCGACCUGGCACUUAGCAGCAGAGAUCAUCAACCCGACCGUUGAACUUGCGACGAUUGACAAUUCUACCCUUGCCGUCUUUGUCUCUGCAGCGCAAGAGGUGGACACAAUUACCUCCCUGUGUCAAAGUCUGCAGGGACAGCUGGAAGAACACCUUCCAUCAUACAUGAUACCUUCCGUGUACAUUCCGGUGCCAGAACUGCCUUUAACGAGGAACGGAAAAAUUGACCGUCGUGCGCUGCAAGCCAUUGGAGCGCAGUUCAAUGCAGCGCAGCUCGUCCAGUAUCGCCCGUCCGCCAUCGAGAGGACCAAGCGUUCUCCGUCUAGCUCUGUGGAGAUCCGAUUGCUCGAAUUGUGGAGUGAAGUCUUGCACAUUGAGCCGUCCAACAUAGGAAUUGAUGACAAUUUCUUCAGACUUGGGGGCAACUCGGUUAAGGCCAUUCGUCUGGUUGCGAUGGGUCGCAAAGAAGCGAUAUCCUUCACCGUGGCGGAUGUGUUCAAUUCUUCUAACCUUGCUGAAUUGGCCCUCAAGACUCGUUCUGAGAAUUCCCAGCCUAUCUGCUCUGUCCCUUCGUUUAGUCUCCUAGGAUUGGAUGGUUCUCAUGAUUUCGUUGUACGGCUUUGCGCAGAGUUGUGUGGUGUGGGUGAGACCGCCAUCGAAGAUAUAUAUCCAUGCACGCCACUCCAGCAAGGCCUGAUGGCCUUAUCAGGCAAAAAGAGUGGGGCCUACAUUGCUGAGCAUUCAUUCCAAUUGUCGGAAAGCGCAGAUCUUGCCCGGUUCCAGCAGGCCUGGGAAAUCACAGUCAGGAAUACGCCUAUCCUACGCACAAGAGUUGUCCAUGCAGCAGCGCACGGACUUGUCCAGGUUGUAGUUGACGAGUCUGUUAUCUGGAGGAACUCAAUUGAUCAUGAGAGUUUCACUUUGGGAAAACCUCUCACGCAGUAUGCGAUUGUCGAUGCAGAUGAGGUUAUUACCACUCCUGGAAAGGCAGCCGGAAAGAAAUUUGUGUGGAGUGCCCACCACAGUGUUUACGAUGCGUGGACAAUGCGAUUGGUCCUGGAAUGCGUCGAGGCCGCCUAUUGUGGAGCCGAGCCGAUUCCCUUGACCCCUUACAAUCAGUUCAUCGAGAAGACCGCCGCGGAAUCCACCCCAACUCAGGACUUCUGGCGACUGCAGCUGUCUGGUGCCGAAGUCGUAACAUUCCCACCAAAACCCACCCAGGCCUCCAUUGCCGAUGCAGCCCGCAGCCACUCGGCCUCGAUUUCAUGGGGUGACUGUGAUGUCACAGCUUCGACCUUCAUCCGCGCUGCUUGGGCAUUGACUGUGGCCGAGUACUCAAGUUCCCAAGAUGUGGUGUUCGGUGUCACUAUCAGCGGUCGCAAUGCUUCGAUGCCAGGCAUUGAACGUAUUGCUGGCCCGACCAUCAACACGAUUCCCUUGCGGGUCAAGUUCUCUCGAUCAUCUCAAUCAGUCAAAGAUUAUCUUGGGAUCAUUCAAAAACAGUCUGUGGAGAUGAUCGAGCACGAACAAAUAGGUCUCCGAGAAAUCGCGAAACUGGGAUCGGCCUUUGAGGAUGUGGUCAACUUCCAGAACAUCUUGGUGAUCCAGGACUCCUCCAAUUUGACCGCAUUGAACGAGUCUGCCUUGUUUGACAACCCAAUGACAGAGCAAGAGGCCGGCUUCUUCACCCAUCCUUUGGUUAUUGGUUGCACCAUCCAGGACCAGUGUGUUGAGAUAGUAGCCAAUUACGAUUCCAAAGUGUUCUCCGGGCGCCAAGUGGAUCGCAUUCUUAUGCAACUCGACCUGACACUGAAUGAGCUUGUUCAGGGCUCCAAGAAUGAGUCCAAACUCAAGGACCUGAAGAGAGUCAAUGCCAUUGAUGAGCAAGAUAUCAUGACAUGGAACAGUGGAUUUGUCGCUCCUGUCACCGAAUGUAUCAGCGAACGUUUCACUCGCCAGGCUCAGAACUACCCUGCCGAUCUAGCCAUCGAGGCCUGGGACGAGAUAUUCACCUAUCGGCAAUUGGACACUCUGUCGACGCAGCUUGCAAACCGCCUUUCCCAGCUCGGUCCCCUAGAGCCAGGCACAUGCAUACCUAUUUGUUUUGAGAAAUCAGCUUGGGCACUUGUUGCCAUGUUAGCUGUCAUCAAAUCAGGUGCAGCUUUUGUCCCACUCGAUCCCACUCACCCCACAGAGAGACUUCACCAAAUUCUUCAGGCUGUUAAAUCACAGGUCAUACUGGCCUCAAAGCCCUUAAAGUCUUUCUGUCAGCAAUUUUCAGAGGUUAUCGAGGUUUCUCAGUCGACAGUCGAUGAGUAUUCAUUGGCCGCGAAGCCACAACAAGCCCAAUCUCCUGCAAUUGAUGAUCUCGCGUACGUGAUAUUCACGUCCGGAUCUACUGGUGUUCCAAAGGGAGUCAUGAUCCACCACCAGGCAUUCUGUACUAGUAUCGUGGAGCACGGAAAGGUUCUAGACUUUGGUCCCUCGAGUCGAGUCCUUCAAUUCGCAUCGUACACGUUUGAUGUCAGUCUUGCGGAAAUCUUCACGACUCUUCUCUAUGGUGGAUGUGUCUGCAUCCCGUCCGAAGCAGACCGCAUGAAUAACCUGGCAACCUUCAUCAGCAAAACCAGGGUGUCCUGGGCCUGUCUCCCGCCCACGAUGGCCACCUUGGUCCUCCCAGAUGAGGUCCCCACACUUCAAACACUAGCGAUCUCGGGAGAAUCGCCAACAAAAGAGAUCAUUGAUAAAUGGGGCUCGUCAGUACACCUUCACAACCUUUAUGGCCCUACGGAAACGACAAUUUGGUGUGUGAUAGCAAAGGACAUCAAAUCCUCAGAUGCGCCAACCACCAUCGGAAGAGCAGUUGGAUCCAGAGCCUGGAUCGUGGAUCCUUUCGACUACCAGAAAUUGGUCCCGAUCGGAUGUUCGGGUGAAAUGUUGGUUGAAGGGCCUAUCUUAGCGCACGGCUACAUCAACAAUAGCGCACAGACCGACUCCGUGUUUGUUACCAGCCCAGAUUGGGCUACUGGGAGACGGUUUUACAGAACGGGCGACCUGGUCCGGUACAACCCGGAUGGUAGCAUUCACUACAUUGGCCGAAAGGACACACAAUCAAAACUCCACGGAAGGCGACUCGAGCUGGGCGAGAUCGAAUACCAUUUGCGGAAGAUUUUGUCCAACGAGUGGAAGAUCUUCGUGGACAUCAUAAUUCGAAACAACCGCCCUGUUCUUGCGGCCUUCCUUUGCAUCUGGCCUCAGCUCACUUCACAUGAUGUGAUCAAGUUCGACACCAACGCUAUAGGAGUGGUAUCUUUGCUACUCCCGCAGCUGCAGAAAGAACUCGCCAAGUCCCUUCCUCAUUACAUGGUCCCUACUAUGUACAUCCCCAUCAAUGCGGUCCCUCUGACGAGCUCAGGCAAACUGAGCCGGAAUGCACUCAAGGGACUCAUUGCCCAGCUGUCUCAAGAUCAAAUCAAACAAUGUUCUCUGAAAAGAGAAAACGACACGAACCAGCGAAUGUCUGUGACCGAAAAACAACUCCAGGCCCUGUGGGCUGAUUGCCUCAGUCUAGAAAUAGCCUCAAUUGGGCUCAACGACAAUUUCUUUGACUGCGGCGGUGACUCCAUUGGAGCAAUCAGACUUGUCGCUGCUGCCAGAGAUGAAGGAAUGAGUCUAACAGUGGCCGAAAUCUUCGAGCACCCAACACUCAGCGAUAUGGCGACUCGUUUGUCCAAAAUGUCAGAUUCCGAAAUGUUGGAUAGCAAAGAUACCCACCUGGCCUUCUCGUUGAUUGACAACGAUAUGGUGCCGGCCAUCAGGUCCGAAGCUGCAUCGGCCUGUGGGGUGGCAGAACAUUUGAUUGAGGACAUUUAUCCCUGCACUGCACUACAAGAAGGCUUGAUUUCAUUGACUGCCAAGCAAAGUCAGGCCUAUGUUGCCCAGAACUCAUAUCUGCUGCCGGAGCAUGUCGACAUAAGCAGAUUCCAGCAGGCAUGGGAAGACACUGUGCAAUCUACCCCUGUUCUGCGAACCAGGAUAGUCCAAAGCGAAGACAAUGGCCUUCUCCAGGUUGUUUUACGUGAGGACAUCGCGUGGCCUGUCGUACAAGACCUGGAGACAUACUCUUUGGACGACCACAAUGACAUGAAGCUUGGACGGCCUCUCCAGCGGUUUGCCAUGGUUGAUCGAAAAUUCAUUUGGACUGCCCACCACGCUAUCUACGAUGCCUGGUCAAUGCGUCUGAUCUUGCAGACUAUUGAGCAGAACUACCAGCAUCUUUCACCCGAGCCAUCUCCACCAUAUAGCCUUUUCAUAAAUGGACUCAUGAAUGUGGACCAGAAAGCGAAGAUGAGCUUCUGGAAGAGAUAUCUUAGCGAUGCUAGCGCGAUCCCAUUCCCAGCUUUGCCGUCAAACCACCAUCAAGUCAGCGCAGACAGCAAGUUGGAGCACAUCCCCUCAAAUUGGAACUGGCAAUUCAACUCGGAUGUUACUCAAUCCUCGCUCAUCCGUGCUGCCUGGGCCUUAGUGGUCAUGGAUUACACCCAGUCGACAGAUGUCACAUUUGGCAUGACUCUCAAUGGUCGAAACAGCAUGGUCGGUGGAAUUGAAAGAAUCGUCGGGCCAACUAUCAACACUGUUCCUGUGCAUGUCAAAGCGGACCGCACGCUGACAGCUAGGGAAUACAUUCAAACAGUUCAAAGAGAGGCGGUGGACAUGAUUCCAUACGAACAGACAGGCUUACGGGAGAUCCAUCAACUGGGGCCAAAAUACCGAGCAGUCUCUAAUUUCCAGAACCUGCUAGUGGUGCAGUCCAAAUCUGAAGACAGAGAUGGGGAGGGCAGCUCCAUUUUCAAAGAAGUCAGCUCGACGUCAAACCAGUCUUCUGGCUUCUUUGCUCACCCAUUGACUGUCGAAUGUACCACUGGGCUGGAUAGCUUGGAAAUGACAGCUUACUUUGACUCGCAGCUCAUUCCCGCCGAUCAGAUGAAGCGGAUCCUUCUGCAGUUUGAACACAUACUUCAACAGCUGAUACUUCAUGGCGAUAAGCCAUUGUCGGUUAUCGAGACAAUCAGUCCAACAGAUCUACGAGAUCUGAAGAUAUGGAAUACGCCAUUGAGCAAGUCGCAAGACUCGUGCGUUCACCACAUCAUCAACCGACAGGUCAAAAUCCGCCCAGAGGCGGAAGCGGUCUGCGCUUGGGACUCAACGCUUACCUACAGGGAGCUGGACAAUCUUUCCAGCCAAUUGGCCCAUCGUUUGGUUGCAUUCGGCGUUGGACCCGAAAUUCUGGUUCCAUUCUGCUUUGAAAAGUCCGGAUGGACGAUAGUGGCCAUGCUCGCCAUUCUCAAGGCCGGAGGAGCAUGCGUUGCACUUGACCCUCGUCACCCCGUGGAACGCAUAAAGAGCAUCAUUCUUGAUUGCAAGCCACCGGUGGUUCUCGCUGCGCCCAGUUGCUCAGAAAUCGUGUCUCCCCUGGUUGAAUCAGUGUUGAUCGUGGAGUCUACUCUAUUUAAAGAGACAACGAUGGAGUCACCCAAAUCAGGAGCUCGCCCAGAGAACCCCAUUUUCGUUCUAUUUACCAGCGGGAGCACAGGAACCCCGAAGGGCAUUGUUCUAGAGCAUCGCGCUCUCUGUUCAAGCGCGCGCGAGCAUGCGCCAGUACUCGGUAUCAGCGAAGAGUCGCGAGUUCUGCAAUUUUCGUCAUACGUCUAUGAUGUGAGCGUCGGUGAGAUCUUCACCACACUCAUGGUUGGUGGCUGUGUGUGUGUGCCUUCAGUGAACGAUCGUUACGACAAUCUCGCCGGAGCAAUCAAUCGACUCAAUGUCAAUUGGGCAUUCCUGACUCCUACAGUGGCCGAUCUUCUGAACCCCGCAGACGUGGUACCCCAGCUCAAGACACUCGCUGUCGGUGGUGAAGCUGCCACUGCUAGCAACAUCGCUCAGUGGCAUGAUAAAGUUUGCUUCAUUAUUACAUAUGGGCCCGCGGAAUGCGCCAUCUGGAGUAAUAUGGUUGUUGGCGUCGGCAAAGAUGCGGAUCCGACAAACAUUGGCCGACGACUUGGAGGGUGCCGUCAAUGGGUUGUGGAUGUCGCAGAUCACCAUCGGCUCAUGCCCAUCGGGUGCCCUGGCGAACUUCUAAUCGAAGGACCCAUUCAGGCUCGGGGGUAUCUCGAUGAUGCUAGAAAAACUUCUGCUUCCUUCGUGACUGACUUGAGUUGGGCCGGUUCUGGCCGAAGAUUCUACAAAACCGGCGACGUGGUCCGAUACAAUACCGAUAGCACGAUCGGCUUCGUGGCGAGGAAGGAUAACCAGGUCAAGUUCCGAGGCCAGCGCCUGGAGCUCGGCGAGGUCGAACAUCACCUCAAGAAGAUAUCGCCAGCUGAGUGGCAAGUUGCCGUACAAAUCAUUCACCCUUCGCACCGCGAUGGCGACCCUCUCCUUGCUGGAUUCAUCUCGUGCGAGGAUGAUCCUACUUCGGAGGAUGGGCUCCAAUUCUGGUCUUCCAGGCUCGCGGAUGUGCAUGAGCAUCUCCCGAAAAUUGAAGCGGGUCUGACAUCUGCAUUGGCAUCAUGGAUGAUCCCUUCAAUUUACCUUCCCAUCAACUACAUGCCAAUCAAUACUUCCGGAAAGACAGACCGGAAAGCCCUUCGGCAAUUCGGAAACCAACUGACUCCUGAACAAUUUGCAUCUUGCUUUUUGAAUCAAACCCGAACCAAAACUGCUCCAUCUACUGAGAUGGAGAAGAUAAUGCAAGGCCUGUGGAGCCAGAUUUUGCAUCUGGAUGCCGCUUUAAUCGGAACUGAGGACAGUUUCUUCCGCCUUGGCGGUGAUUCGAUACAAGCGAUGCAGCUUGUAUCUCGUGCGUCGAAGGACGACAUCGUUCUCACUGUGGCCAACAUAUUCCAAUCACCCACUUUGUCAGCUUUGUCGGAAACUUGCCUCCAGGGUAGUGGCUCAGCCAUAUCGGACCUUGAGCCAUUCUCUCUUAUAAAGAACCCAGAGAGUGACGUGGAAGCAGUGAAAGCUGAUGCGGCUGCUGUUUGUGGGGUAACCAUUGCGAACAUUAUGGACAUCUACCCCUGUACGCCUCUCCAGCAAGGAUUGAUGGCACUCUCUUUGCAGCAACCUGGCUCUUACGUCAUGCAAAAUGUAUUCACUCUCCCCUCUGGUCUUGACAUGGAUCAAUUCAAGUAUUCUUGGGAGUCGACUUUUGCAGCAAGCUCGCUGCUGCGAACACGAAUGAUCGAAACAGCUAAUGGACUUGCUCAAGUGGUCCUGGAUGAACGUAUCGAUUGGAUUGUUUUCCGAGAUCUGGAUGUCUUUUUGGAAAGUGACCAGUCCAUGACCAUGGGACUCGGGCAGCGUCUGACGCGAUUUGCAUUGGUGUUGACCGAGGACGCCAAUUACUUUGUUUGGACUGCUCACCACGCAAUUUACGAUGGCUGGACGGUUUCGCUUCUUUUCAGCGCGGCAGAACGAUUUUACCACCAGCAGACACCAGAACCUUUUGUUCCGUUCAACCAAUUCAUCCAGAGCGUCAAUUCCUUGGACAAAGAAGACUCUGCGCGCUUUUGGCGCUCCCAAUUGGAUGAUUCUAACAUCACUCACUACCCGCACCUGCCAUCAUCAACAUAUCAGUCACGUGCGAACAGACAGAUUGAACACUCAAGUACGAUCCCCUGGAAGCAGAGCAAUCAUGAUGCGACAACUGCAGUCAUGAUUCGAGCAGCCUGGGCAUUGACGCUCAUGGAUUACUCGGGGAAUGACGACGUCGCGUUCGGCUUAACCUUGAGCGGCCGCACGAUAUCGAUCCCCGGUAUUGACCGCAUGGCUGGUCCAACUAUAAACACCGUGCCUCUGCGGGUCUGCCUUGAGAACUCUGAACUAUCGGUCGGAGACUUCCUCACCCAAGUUCAUGAUCAGGCUGUGAGCAUGAUUGACUUUGAACAGACAGCACUUCAUGAGAUCAAGCGUCUAGGUGACACCAUCAGUCAAGUUUGCGAUUUCCAGAACAUCCUCAUCGUGCAAGGUGACAUGGAGAGUCAAUCAGCCAUGUUUGGAUCCCCAUUGGGGGCUCAAGGGCAAUCCGGAUUUUAUGUCAAUCCUCUUACAAUUGAGUGUUUCAUCAAGAGUGACGGUGUCCGAUUCGAGGCUCAUGUUGAUAACAAUGUUAUCUCAGAGAAACAAACCCAACAUCUUUUGUCGCACUUCGAGCAUCUUCUGACCCAGCUCGUCAUUCGGUCGCCGGAUACCACUCUUUCGGGAAUUCGCUCUCUCAGCAACAAAGACUGCCAAGUUAUCAUGGAUUGGAACAAAUUCUGCACUGAACCAAUCCACGAAGUUGUCCACGAAGUCGUCCACAAGCAGACUGCCUUGUUCCCAGAGCAACUUGCUGUGCAUGGCUGGGACGCAUCAUUUACAUAUCAGCAACUGGAUGAACUGUCUGAUAAUCUUGCAAGCCUUCUCGCUAGCCAUGGCAUCAAAUCAGGGUCCGAUCAGUUUGUUCCGCUCUGUUUUGAAAAGUCCGCCUGGACAGUCGUCUCCAUGUUAGCCGUUCUCAAAUGUGGAGCAGCAUUCGUUCCAAUCGACCCCAUGCAUCCAGUGCAGCGACGAGCCACUAUCCUUGAACAAACAAAUGCUCAUAUCAUCCUUGCAUCUUCUAAGAACAUCUCGUUGUUUGAAGACGCAGGUGCAAUCGUCAUCGAGAUCUCUGACUCCAAAGUCAAAGGUCUCCGACCGUCGAAUGUUGACUUGAAGCUGAGAGGCAAAGUCUCCCCCAGCGACUCAGCGUACGGGAUCUUUACUUCUGGCAGCACAGGCAACCCUAAAGCGGUCAUUGUUGAGCAUUCGGCUCUCGUGACAAGUGGUCUGCACCAUGGGGAAUUGGCGGGCAUAGAUUGUCGCUCUAGAGUCCUCCAGUUUGCCGCGUAUACAUUUGAUGUGAGCCUGAGCGAUAUAUUUUCUACCUUGAUGCUAGGUGGCUGUGUGUGUGUUCCCUCGAAGGAGGAGUGUGUCAAUGAUCUUGCUGCUGCAAUCACUUCCUACCAAGUCAACUGGGCAUGCCUCACACCAACGGUUGUGCGAAUCCUUCAGCCAGAAAACGUGCCCACCCUGAAAAAGCUGAUUGUGGGAGGUGAAGCUCUUACACGGAGUAUCAUCCAUGAUUGGGCCGACAAGAUUUACUUGGGCAACAUCUAUGGCCCUGCAGAGUGCACCAUUUGGUGUGUUUUCUCGGGUGCAUUGAAUGUUGACUCCAGUCCCGAGCAGAUUGGACGUGGAGUGGGAGCGGUGACCUGGAUCGUCAAUCCCAAUGACUACAACCGACUAGUACCAAUUGGCUGUGUUGGCGAAUUGGUCAUUGAGGGUCCCGUUCUCGCGCGUGGUUAUCUCAAUGACCAAGUCAAAACUGAUGCUGCAUUUGUCGAGAAUCCAACUUGGGCUUCCGAAUUUGCCCCCAGUCGACGAAGACGCUUUUACAAGACAGGAGAUCUCGUCCGCUACGACAUAACAACCGGAACUAUCCACUUCAUUGGCCGCAAGGAUACACAAGCCAAACUCCGCGGGCAAAGACUGGAGCUCGGCGAAGUCGAAUUCCACGUCCAGCGAUUAUUCCCCACAGAUCAAGAGUGGCAAAUCACGGUGGAUAUCAUCAAACCCGAUGAACGCCAGGGCUACUCUGCCUUAGCUGCGUUUGUUAGCUCCAAUGGUCGCUGGGUCGGUUCGGACGAUGCUCAGAUCGCCCUUGAGCAGCUCGGUGCCCUACGAGGCAUCUUCCAAAGCGUUCGAUCAGGCUUGGAACAACAUUUGCCAGCAUAUAUGAUUCCAUCGCUGUUCAUUCCCAUGUCCUCUAUUCCAUCGACAGCAUCUGGGAAGACGGAUAGACGCAAGCUCCUUCAGUUGGGGCAGAAGCUAAGUGAAGAACAGCUUGCUACAUGCUCUCUCGAGGAGAACACUUAUCGCGAGCCAGCCACGGAGACAGAAUACAAGCUGCAAAAUCUGUGGGCGAAGGUGUUGCGUGUUGAACCUUCCGCUAUCGGCGCUUCAGACACGUUCUUCCGUCUGGGCGGCGAUUCAAUUUUGGCGAUGAGGUUAGUUGCUGCGGCAAGAGACAUGAACAUCCAGCUCUCAGUGACCGAUGUACUACGAAAGCCACAGCUUUGCGACAUGGCAGCUACUGCCGACGGUAACGCCUUUGACAACUUCCCCUCGAAACCCGAUGACAUGGAGGCUGUGCCUCUUCACAUUACCUCUUCACUCGCCGAAACGCUCUCUUCGAAGACCCGCUUUGCGGUAGAAGAUGUUCAAGAUAUCUUCGAAGCCACUGAGUUCCAAACAUGGGCACUCACUUCGAAUUUGCUCAAACACAGGGGCUACAUGACUUACUUCACAUUCACCUUUGACUCUAUUCUGAAUGCAGAUCAAUUGUCGGCUGCAUGCGAUGCUCUUGUUGCCAAUCACCCAAUCCUGCGGACUGUUUUCCUUGUUCACAACCGUCAGACUCUGAAUGUUGUUCUGAAGUCUCUCAAAUGUGAAUUCCACACAUUCGAGUCCGACGGUGACUUUGUUCAGCAGAUUGACCAAAUUGUGGAAGAGGACAAGCGUCGCAACAUUUCUCUGGGUCAGCCACUCACUGGAUUCAUGUACCUUUCCAGUGAUACCAACAGAUCCUGUCUGGUGCUCCGUCUUUCUCAUGCUCAGUAUGAUGGCGUCAGUCAACCGAUUCUCUAUCGAGACCUACAAGCCGCAUAUACCGGCGUCGACAUGCCAAAGAGCUUGCCGUUCUCUCGCUUCGUCAGUGGCAAGAUUGCCGCCGAAACAGAGGAUGCCAUCUCAUUCUGGAAGACACAUCUUCAAGGAUCUCAAAUGACCCGGUUUUUGUCGAACCCGCGGUUCGUCACCCGCAACGACACCAUUCGAACCAUCUCUCAAACUGUCACUGUGCCCCAUCUUACCCGACACGGAAUCACAUUCUCUACUCUCAUGAAAACUGCAUGGUCUCUUGUCCUUUCUGAACUCUCAGGCGAUAAAGAUGUGGUAUUUGGUCAGCUCGUCUCAGGCCGAAAUCUGCCAAUUCACCAAGCAGAGACCAUCCUCGGCUGUUGUGUGAACAUCGUUCCUGUGCGCGUCGCUCUGGGCAAUACAACUGCGCUCGAGCUGCUGGAGCAGGUCCAGAACAACUACCUCGCUUCCGUGCCUUAUGAGAACAUGGAAUUCACCAAGAUUGUCGAGAAAUGUACCAACUGGCCUCGCGAAACUCGCUUCAGCUCGAUUGUUCAGCACCAAAACCUCGACGAUGUCGUCGAAUCGAUUCCCUUUGGGAGCACAACUUGCAACAUCGACGCUUCAAGCUCGCCUACCUAUGCCUCUGACAUAUUUGUGUUCUCCGUUCCCCAAGGCUCAGACAUGGAAAUCAGUCUCUCGUGGAAUGACGAUGUGAUCACACAGCCUUUUGUUCAGCAAGUCCAUGCCAGAAUGUGUGAAGUGCUUGUUGCUAUUUCUCAAAACCCCCAGGGAAACUUGAUUACAAUGGCUUCAUCGAAAGCGAAGAUGCCUUCCAUUCCUAUCAGUGUACCUGAUAGUAAUCUUCCCGUUCUUGCGACAUCUUCCACGGACCGAAUUGUUGAUGAAGCAUGGGAGACUAUUCUCGGUUGCUCUGACGACAUUGGGACGGAUGUGCCAUUCUUUGAGACUUGGGUAGAGGGUAUCUUGGGCGCUCAGCUCGUUCGUUUCUACCAAGAUAAAGGCAUCAUGGUGGAAAUGGAUGAGGUCCUUGAAGCACCUACCAAGCGCGCGCAAUAUUCACUCAUUUGGCAAACAGCCAACCAGUGA